AUGUCACAUGACCGAGCCUGUCUUGGUAUCGUUCCUUUUGGAUUAUGCAGUGCGGUGAAUGAUGGCAGAAUAGAUAACCGUUCAAGACCCCGCAGACGAAAACAUCCUGAUGCGUCAGAACAUUCAACGACCUCAAAGACACCGAGUGUUUUAACAGUAAGUUUCUACUCCCUCAUCUGCGCUGUUUUUACUAUCUUUCUAGCGAACGAAGCCGAAAGAAGGGUAGCGAUCCGCCUUUGGUCACGACGCAUUACUUGCGCACCGCCUGGAAUAGGUUCUCUCUCAACUUCAAGAUUGUGCCGGAUUACAGAGUAUAGGGACUACAUAAGUGGAUUACCAGUUGUCUACGUGUUUGUCCGUGACUUUGAUAGCCAGACACGGACUUCAUCACGCCUGUCACUCGUUCUACAACCACUCGCCCAACCAACUCCACGCAAACUAUACCGUCCAUAG